CAUCAUCCUGCUGCCGUCUGCUCUGUGUUCUCACCGUAAACCUGUUAGACAUCAUCGCUUGUUCCUCAGGAACGUCACCGCUUACCUGUCGGCAUGGCGAUGUCAACAUUUCAGAAGGUGACCCUCGCGACGUGUCUCGUGCUAUGCGUCGCUCUGCUGCUUCCCAAAAUGCUGUUAUCGCGAGGGAGGAAGGAUGCUGCGGAGCGGCCGGAGGGUCCAGGUCGCCUCCCUCCAAUGAUGCACCGGCAGAUAGCCCCGGAGGGUCGAGGCCAGAGGGCAGCAGGUUCUGGCUUCUCCAGAGCCCACAACCCAGAGGCCAUAGCCAGGGCGAAGGGAGCAGGAACGGGGGCAGGAACCGGGGGCAAAUCCAACCUGGCAGGACAGAUCAUCCCUGUGUACGGCUUCGGGAUCUUACUCUACAUCCUCUACAUCCUGUUUAAGAUCACAUCUAAGGGGAACAGCAAACCGUCAGAGGGCAGGUUCCCGUCAGUUCGGUCUGAGAACAUGAAGAGAAAGAUCACUGACUUUGAGUUGGCUCAGCUGCAGGAGAAACUGAGGGAAACUGAGCUGGUGAUGGAAAAUAUUGUUUCCAACGCCCACCACAGUCCUGACAGGGUGAAGGGGGUGACGGCGGAUCAGGAGGAGAGUCUCCUGCAGCAGCUGACGGAGAUAACUCGGGUGAUGCAGGAGGGCCAGCUGGUGGACGACGUGGCUCCGGAGAAGAAGACCCAGGACGACUGGGAAGAUUAUCCGGAGGAGCCUCAGCAGUACUGGGAACAUUCCUGCUGCUGUCAGCACAGUCAGCAGCACCACAGUCCACAUGUGGAGACGGAGGCUGAGAGGACGCAAACUGACGGAGCCGACCUGGAAAACCCUCCUGAGGACGUUACGGGUGGAGGAGAGGCUGAGGAGGCUCUGAGCGAAGAUGCUGUGAGAGAAUCUGAUUUCGCAGGAGUGAGUGAAGAGGACGCGGGGCCAGAGAGUGAUUUAGCCGUAAAUGAGAUGGUGAACGUCCUUGAACACAAGGAGGGAGGGGGUAAAAUCGAUCUGGGUGUCCCAGAGGGCGACCUGGCCGGGGUCCUGGAGGAGCUGGAGCUCUCGCUGAAGAUGACGUCCGUGAUGGAGCAGGAGAAGAUGGAGGACUUCGGCGAGUCGCCGCGGACGGGAACCUCCUGCGGCGCGGUCAGACGGCGGAACAAGAGGAGGAGAGCAAAGAAAGCCUCACACUGACUUCCAACAUGGCGGCAUACAAACUGAGCCUGGGCCCAGUGUUCGCGAAGACGGCUCCUCUCGUCACAUGGGUCGAGGCAUGAAAGAUGGUGAAUGCAUGAAAUCGUCUGACCGGCCUUGUUCAUCUUUACUUGAAGUGAAUAAGUGAAAAAGUGUGUGUACAGGGCAGAGUUUUAUAACACUAAUAUCAGUUUCAUCCAUUGGCUGAAAAUGGAGUAAGGAUACUUUAUGGUCUUAAAAAAUGAGAUAUUUCUUAAGAAUAAACAGGGGCCUCAUUUAAAAAACGCUAAUACCGGUGUGCUUAAUGUAUAACUUAUUUUUUAAAUUUAACUUUAGAGAUGCCACCAGGACUCUUAGCUCAAGACUCGAUGUAAAAAUGUGCUCAAAGGUAGACGCCCUGUCUGUGAACAAACCCAGCAUCGGUAGAGUACUUUCCUCUCAGUCGGCCUCUUUUCCUGUAAAAUGAUGUGAAGUCAUUCACAUCAAGUGCUUCGAAUUUAGAAAUGACCAGCAAACAGGACUGGAUCAGACCACUUCACACCAGAACUGAGUCACUGUAGCUCAGAUCAGGUCGCAUUCAGAAGAAGUCACGAGGGCAGGAAUGUGUUGAUGAAUGCUGGAUCAGCACUGAGGAGGUUUUAUCACAGUGGUUAAUGGGACUAUCAGACUAUAUGUUAAACUCACAGUUUAAACUAGUAAUUAUUAUUGGACAUAAACUCCACCUGUGUUCUCACCAUUGUUUGUGAUGGAGAAAUCUUGUCUUCUGUACUGUACUAAAUGAACACCAACCUGCUGUCUUGU